UUCUUCUCUGUUCUCUUUCAGAAAGAUGAGGUGUACCUCAACUUGGUGCUGGACUAUGUUCCUGAAACAGUAUACAGAGUUGCCAGACAUUAUAGUCGGGCCAAACAGACACUCCCUAUGAUUUAUGUCAAGUUGUACAUGUAUCAGCUGUUCCGGAGUUUAGCCUAUAUCCAUUCCUUUGGGAUCUGCCACCGGGAUAUAAAACCACAGAACCUCUUGCUGGACCCUGAUACAGCUGUUCUAAAACUCUGUGACUUCGGAAGUGCGAAACAGCUGGUUCGUGGAGAACCUAAUGUCUCAUACAUCUGCUCUCGGUACUACAGGGCACCAGAGUUGAUCUUUGGAGCCACCGAUUAUACCUCCAGUAUAGAUGUGUGGUCAGCAGGCUGUGUACUGGCUGAACUGUUACUAGGACAACCAAUCUUUCCAGGUGACAGUGGUGUGGAUCAGUUGGUGGAAAUAAUCAAGGUUCUGGGAACGCCUACAAGGGAGCAAAUUAGAGAAAUGAAUCCAAACUAUACUGAAUUCAAAUUCCCUCAGAUUAAGGCACAUCCAUGGACUAAGGACUCGUCAGGAACAGGACAUUUCACCUCAGGAGUACGGGUCUUCCGGCCCCGCACUCCACCAGAAGCGAUUGCGCUAUGUAGCCGUCUGUUGGAGUACACCCCCACUGCCCGCCUGACUCCCCUGGAGGCCUGUGCCCACUCUUUCUUCGAUGAACUACGGGACCCAAAUGUCAAGUUACCAAAUGGGCGAGAGAAACCUGCACUCUUCAAUUUCACCACUCAAG